AUUUUCUCAGCCAUCAUCCGUCUAUCAUCGUUUUCCUGCAACACUUGUCCAAGAGCUGCAGAAUCUAUCCAACAAUUUUGCACUUUUCACAAAUCAAAAAAGUAUUUUAAAUAAAUCAUAAAUAUGCUUGGCCGUGCAAGUCUAUUAGCCCGCAACUUGGUUAAGUCCAAUGUUCGAUUCCAUUCCCAUGGCGGUAUUCCCGGAGAGAACUUGCCAAUGAACAUCCAUAAUCGCUACAAGAUGACCGCUUUGGCUAUCAUCUAUGUAGGAUCUGGACUUGGUGCUCCCUUCUUGAUUGUGAGGCAUCAACUUCUUAAGAAGUAAAAAUCUUUAAAGAUUUUUUGUGCAGGGAGGUUCUCCGUUAACCUAUGGAAUUAAAUGUAAACUAAAAAAAAACGAAAUAUAAAAAUAAAUUCCAAAAAAAAUUAAAUAUCUUGUUUCACUUUUA